AUUCUCCUGUUUUUCAUCCCCCAAGUGUCAACGCAGGAAACGAUUAAUGUGAACAUCGAUUCGUUUGAUGGCAAUAUUGCUGGUCCCAAUUCAUUAAAUGGAAACGGUAAUUCGGCGAGUCAAGGAUACGGCGGUGGCGGAUUUUAUCCUGGAGGUGGAUUUGCUAAUCCGGUUGCCGGCGCUGCCCAAGUGCUAGCGUAUGAUAUUGGACAAGAUUUGAGAAUGACUGUGCUGUUUCGCAGUAUAUCAGCAGAAUCGUAUAAUUUCAAUAUUUUAUCGUUUAAUAACAACAAAGCGGGUGAUAAUUCGCUGAAUAACAACGCUAAUUCGGUGGAUAAAAGCGUUGGAAGCGGUGGCAGCGGCGGCGGUGGUGGAAUCCAGGCGUCGUUCAGUCUUCCAGGAAGUCCAUUAAAAAACCUGGCUGCAGUAGUUACUCACGGCCUCAACUGGUUCCUUGGCGAUUAUUCAAAGCCAUCUUCAGUGAAUCCACAAACUCCUGCUCCGGCAAUUCCUCCACCAAUACCAUCAACUCCAGCAAGAACCCCCUUACCGUAUCCCGCAGAUUCGUCAAAUUCAAACCCAAUAUAUCCACCAAAUUAUUACCCGGGCCCUAACAGUAAACGUCCUCCUCCUCCAUACGGUGGUGGCUUCAGACCGCCUCCUCCUCCUCCAUACGGUGGUGGCUUUAGACCACCUCCUCCUCCAUACGGUGGCGGCUUUAGACCCCCUCCUCCUCCAUAUGGCUUUAAACUGCCUCCUCCCUAUGAAUUUGAACAGCGAUUUCAGUCGCUGAAUGGUAACGCUAAUUCGGUGGAUAACAGUAUUGGAAGCGGUAGCAACGGUGGCGGUGGUGGAAUCCAGGCAUCGAUCACUGUCCCAGGAAGUCCAUUAAGAAACCUGGCUACCGUACUCACCCACGGUCUCAACUGGUUCCUUGGCGAUUAUUCAAAGUCAUCUUCAGCGAAUCCACAGCCUCCUGCUCCAGCAACUCCUCCAUCAGUUCCACCAACCCCAGCAAAACCUCCUUUACCGUAUCCCACAGAUUCAUCGAAUACGAACCCAAUAUAUCCACCAACUUAUUACCCAGGCACUAACAGUAAACCUCCUCCUCCGGGUGGCUUCGGACCACCUCCUCCUCCAUCAUACGGCUUUAGACCGCCUCCCUCUCAACCAUAUGGUGGCGGGUCGAAUCAGUAUAGCGAAAGUGAGUUUCAACAGCGAUUUCAGUCACUAAAUGGUAACGCCAAUUCGGCCGACAACAGCAUUGGAAGCGGUGGCAGUGGUGGUGGUGGUGGAAUCCAAGCAUCGCUCAGUGUUCCAGGAAGUCCAAUAGCCAAACUCGCUACCGUAGUAACUCAUGGUCUCAACUGGCUCCUUGGCGACAUCUAUUCAAAGCCCUCUCCAGCAAAUCCACAACCACCUGCUCCAGCGAAUCCGCCAUUACCUGCUCCAGCAAUUCCACCAACUUCUUCACCAAUAUAUCCACCGACGCUUGCAAAAACCCCACUACCGUAUCCCACAGAUUCUCCAAAUAUAAAUCCAAUCUAUCCUCCGAAUUACUACCCAGGCGCUAAUAGUAAACCUCCGCAAACUGGUAGCUUUGGACCGUACCAUUACCCCUACGGUGGUGGUUGGCAUCAGUACAGUGCUGGGGGAUGGAAUUCGUACAGUGGCAGAUGGGGUCCACAUGGAUGGAGUGCAUAUAACUACAGGUGGGGUCCAGCUUAUGGCUAA